GUCCCGAGCCGGCCUCCCGAGGUUGCAGGGAGCCGGCCGGCUGCUGGAGCCGGAGCCGGAGCCGGAGCCUAAUCCGUGGCGGCGACUGGGCUAGCCGGGGAAUUCGCUACACUUUCGGAACGUUGAUACAUUCGGUCGCGCGCUGCGCGCGCUCAUUGGCCGCCGAGCCGGGCCACGCGUCGUUCGGAUUCGUCCCGCGGCCCGCCGGGCUCGGAGCGCACAGGAGGGAACCCGGCAGCCCCGCGUCCUCGCAGCAGCGUUCUGCCAGGCUGCCCCGGCCCGGCCCCGGCCCCAGCUCGGCUUGGCUCGCCUCGGCCCGCUCCAAGAUCUCUUCGCCGUCGGGCCGCUCCGGGCGGGCGAUGGCCCUGCGGCCUCGCGGGAGUCCUUGGGGCCUGGGGCGGCGGCGGUGACCGGUAGAUGGGCCCGGACGCCCGGCACCAUGGAGGGGGUGCUCUACAAGUGGACCAACUACCUGAGCGGUUGGCAGCCACGGUGGUUUCUCCUGUGUGGCGGCAUCUUGUCCUACUAUGACUCCCCAGAGGAUGCGUGGAAGGGCUGCAAAGGGAGCAUCCAAAUGGCCGUCUGUGAAAUCCAAGUUCACUCGGCAGAUAACACGCGGAUGGACCUGAUCAUCCCUGGCGAGCAGUACUUCUACCUGAAGGCCAGGAACGUGGCGGAGCGGCAGCGGUGGCUCGUGGCCCUGGGCUCAGCCAAAGCGUGCCUCACAGACAUCAGGGCCCAGAAGGAGAAAGAGUUCACGGAAAACACGGAGACCCUGAAGACCAAAAUGUCCGAGCUCAGGCUGUACUGCGACCUCCUCGUUCAGCAAGUGAACAGAACGAAAGAAGCCGCGGCCGCUGGCGCAGCAGACCCCAAGGAGGGGAUCGACGUGGGAACGCUGCUGAAGUCCACGUGCAACACGUUCCUGAAGACGCUGGAAGAGUGCAUGCAGAUCGCCAACACAGCCUUCACCUCGGAGCUGCUCUACCACACGCCCCCGGGCUCCCCCCGGCUGGCGGCGCUCAAGCCCAGCAAGACCAAACUUCCCAUCAUGCCUAUUCACAACGCCCUGGAAAGGCAGAUCGCACUGAACAGCUGUGAAAACGGAUCUUUAAACACAGAAGGAAGUGAUUCCGAGGAAGCCCUGAUGAGGAACGAGAGCCCCUCGCGUGGGAGGCCCGAGAUGGGCCGCAGCGUGGCGGCUGCAGACGAUGGGGACGAUCCCUUAGCAGGCCAAAGGGAGGACGUCCAGGGCGAGGGAGGCGGAGAUGCCGAGCCCCCCCGCGAGCCCCCCCCGGGGCCCGGGGCCGCCCAGCAGGAGGAGGAGGUGCAGACGUUCUUCAGCGCCAUGAACACGAGCUUUAGCGACAUCGAGCUCCUGGAAGACAGCGGGAUCCCCACCGAGGCCUUCCUGGAGUCGUGCUACGCCGUCGUGCCGGUGCUGGACAAGCUUGGCCCGACCGUCUUCGCUCCUGUGAAAAUGGACCUCGUGGGGAACAUUAAGAAAGUCAAUCAGAAGUACAUCACCAACAAGGCCGAGUUCACGACGCUCCAGAAGAUCGUGCUGCACGAAGUGGGCGCCGACGUGGCUCAGGUCAGGAACUCGGCCACGGAGGCCCUCCUGUGGCUCAAGAGGGGGCUCAAGUUCCUGAAGGGUUUCUUGACCGAAGUGAGGAAUGGAGAAAAGGACAUCCAGACAGCCCUGAAUAAUGCCUAUGGCAAGACCCUGCGGCAGCACCACGGAUGGGUGGUCCGAGGAGUCUUUGCGCUGGCACUAAGGGCAGCUCCAUCCUAUGAAGAUUUUGUGGCAGCGCUAACCAUUAGGGAAGGUGACCAUCACAAAGAGGCGUUUAGCCUCGGGAUGCAGAGGGACCUGAAUCUUUACCUGCCUGCCAUGGAGAAGCAGCUGGACAUCCUGGACAACCUGUAUGAAGCCCAUGGUCUAGAGUCUGAUGAAGUGGUCUGACCGCCGUGGACGGUGCCUCCUCACAACUUCAGGGAUUGAAGCUGGCUCUGAUCUGGGCUUUCCCAGGCUCGUUUCCGUCAGCCUCCUCCUUUUCCCCCUUUUCCUGCUGGCUCUGUCCUCUGGUCCCACCCCAGAUUGUGGGGGGCAGGCAGAUCCUCCCCCUUUGUAUGUCAGUGCUCCCAGUGCCCACGUGUCGUGUGUAGAGACCAAGGUGCUAUGUCCCAGUUCUGAGGGCCCGUCGGCGCCGGAUCAUUAGGGAGCCCCAACGUGUGCUCUUAACUCAGACGAAUCAGGUUGAGCGUAUGCGGGGAGCCCUGCCCUCGGCGUCUUCAUCUCAGAGGCUUAACUAGGCAAGAGUUCUGUGACAAGGAUUAGCAUCCACAAGGGCUUUUUGCACCUCCUCUGAAUUGUUCAGCUGACAGCACGUUUGAGAUGAUUGGAGACCUGCAAACAGAGCUCCAUCCGCCUUGUUCAUUACUAUUAUUUUAUCUUCUCUGUGGACAUUCUCAAAAGAGGUUUUCUACCUCUUGGCUACUGCCCAGAGGGUUCUCUGUGUGUCCAGUGCUCGAGAACCCUGGAGGACAGCCCCUUCCUUUCAAGAUCACAGAACCAACAUGGUCCAUUGGAGGGGAGGUCAGAGAGUGACCCCAGUAAUCACAACUCACCUUUAUGUCACACUCUCAUGACAGAAGUCUUCACAAGCAUUGGUUAAUGUAGGCACUCUGUCCACAUAUUGCUGAAGAAACUGAGGAAAAUGGAGCCUGAGGGUCUGGACAGCCAACCCAGACCAGGGUGCCAACUAGAAGUCCAUGCUUCCGGAAGAACCAGGGAACCUUCACUUCAGACCCUGUUGAUUGAGUUGGCAUGGGAGUGUCUUUGGUUGGACAGCCUGACCCCUUCCAAGAGCAGAUCCUCCAGCUGCCUGUAUCCUCUUCAACGUGUCUUCAAGCCAAAGGAGCAAGUAUGUCAGCCUCUGUUUUGUGCCAGGGUUUAAAGCAAAGCCCUGGAUGCUUCUGAUGGGCAUCCAUGAUGGAGACCAUGGGGAGUAGGCCUUCUCUCAAAGGCUAAUUACUGAGCACAUGCUCCACCAUUUGUGCUUUCCCCAUCAGGUUUGCAUGUGAGUGAGCAUCCAAAAGGUAGCUUGGGGACAGUGACCUCGCAGCUCCCAGAAUGGCCCUCCCAGGGAAACAGAAGCCUCCCCCAAGACACAAACCCUAGUGAGGGGGGCGGGGGAGAUUGUGUCUUGCUCCUAACAAACAGACAUGCAUUUAGGUUCAACAGAAGGAACUCUGGCCCUGCUCCCCUGUGUGAACAAGAGUUCCUGGUAAAACCACUAAGAUGCUGAAAAGAACCUGCAGGCAUUUUAGGGAUGACAGAGACAACAGGCAUGGAAAACAUUUGGUGUUUGGUGUUGGAAACGUCUGGUUCACCAGCUUCAGACCUGAAGAACCAUCUGUUUCACACUGUCCUGGUGGAGAUCAAAAGGGGCCAAAGGCCUGGAGAGGGGAACGAUGACAAGAAUUUGGGCUGCUCAUCCAGGCUUUUCCCCCAUGAGGGAAAUCUCAGAUUUCUCAUUCUCCCUUCCUGAAAGCGGAAACUUAUUUGGUUCUAUAGGGAAGAUGGAGGAGUCAAGGAAAUGCUCUACAAGCUCCCAGUUUCAGCCCAUUCUCAGGUCCAUUCCCACUUUGCUGGGGCGGGGAUGGCAGGGCAGACCCUGAAGGAGAUGCUUGAUCAGUUGUUUGGACACUUGGUGCUAAGGCGCACCUGGCCCCAUUUUUGGUCUAAGUGGAGGAGGCUUGAUGUGAACCCCGAAGACUUUGAAUACAGUCAUAUCCCUUUCUAAGUCUCCUUCACAUCCUCUACAAAAUGGUGGAAAUAGACACACCCACCCAUGGAAGGAGGCACCUGAGGUUGCAGGGGUAGGCCUGGGACAGAAUUUCAGAGUUCAGAUGAAUUCAGGCUCUGGCCCAACCAACUUACUAGCUGUGUGACCCUGAGCAGGUCACUCAUCCUCUGGCUGUCUCAGUUUCCUCAUAUGUAAAAGGAGAAAGUUGAGCUAAGUUAUCUCAGAAGUCCUUCCUAGCUCUAAACCUGGGAUCUGUUUUCCUCCCUAGCACAAAUGAGAGUUAGCUGAGGACCAGCAUGCCCUGAAUGAAGAUGAAUAAUCUUUAGAAACACCCAAAGUUGGGUCCAACUUCAGAUCCAUCUUCUCUUUUAUCUUUUUAAAAAACAUAUCGAAGAAUCUCUAAAGUUUCAUUCUUAAAUUUUCAAUUUUCAUUGGGGAAGAAUCAACUUUCUCUAGCUGUUUAAAGAGGCUAUACCUGAAAGAGAGUGAGAGAAGUCAGUACCAGAAUAUCGUCUGGUCCAUUAGUUACCAGAAAAGAACCAACUCUGCUGGAUCUCCCUCUCCCCACCCACCCCACAAGACUUCUCGGACCUCUGACCAAGCUUCAGUUUCCUAGACUACCUUUUACCAGUUCACAUGACUGAUAAGUCUCAUUAAAUGUUGUGUGAUUCAUUUUUCACAAACAUGUUAGAGUUUAUACAUUCAGGUUAGUGUAAUAAUCAUCUUGGACUUGGCUUCUAUUUCCUUAUUUUGAGAAUGUCAUGUUAAUAGAUUGAUGACUAAAAACCAUCAUUACAUCUUGACAAUUGUGGGUCAUGGCUGUCCAAAGCCACUAUUGGGGGGCAGCCAUACCUUUGUUUUAUCCGAACUACCAUUUCUCAAAAUAUUGCAAGAACUCUUCAAAAUCUUUACCACUUGCAACCAAUUCUUAUGUCUUCAGUAGUCCCUGAAAGGUGGGCUUUAUUAUUAGAAAUACCCAGAAGUCAUUCAAAGCCACAUCUGGUAAAUAGGUUGGAUCCCUAGGUAAUGCCAUUGAUAGUUACAUUCAAGAGGUGUUGAGAAAAUUAAAACUCAUUUUCUCACAUGCCUUGCCAGCUCUCUCCCAAGGGAUUACCAAAAGUCAGUGGAACCACUUGCGCCCUUUCUUGGUCCAUUGGUUUAACUCUGAAGGUUAUAACAAAAUUCUGUAAACAGUCACAUUUCUAGCAUGUGCUAACCCUGAACUAGCAAUGUUCAAUGCAGAGUCUUGAGUGAUGGAGAAAAAUGAAUCACUUAGAACCAGGGGUAAAGGCCAUGCUCCCUUGUUGAGGUUUCCCCAUGCUAGUUGAAGUGAAAAGCAACCUUUCUGGUGCAAGGAUGGGACCAAUCCAGAAUGGCAUGGAGAGCUCUCUUCAGAAGGAGGGCAGGUUCUCAUCGGAUCACAAGCAGCUAAGAUGCAUUUUGGGAACCUUGUGUUGGUACCAUAUUGUGAUUCCUACCACUGGGAGCGCUCAUGGAAGAAAGAAAGCAACUUGGAUGAACAUGGGCUCUCCCAAGCAACAGACCACAAUUGCAUCAUCAUCAUACACGCCAUUUAUGUGGCUUUCUGAAAGAUAUCCCAAAGCCAUCUCUUUAAAUACUAAUCGUCAGUUUUUACAGCCACUUGGAGUAAUUGAGGGUUCCUCCCCCCAGCCCACCCCCAGUAUUAUUCCUUAUUUUAAAUGAAGCAAACGGAGUAUAAGCAGGGAUGAAACUUGGAGGUUAUCUUAUCCAACUCCCUCAUUUUACAGAGAAGGCGACUAAGAUCCACUGGUGUUUUGAUUACUAUUUACAAUCUUAGAGAUUCCGAAUUGGUCGUAGACAAUGAUCGUUAACUGGGACCCUGGAGACCUCGAGCUCUCAAUGGUAUUUUGGGCUGUGAACCCCUUUGGCAGUCUGGUUAAAGCCUAUAGAAUUACCAAGAAAGCCAAUUAUAUAGAAUCCAGUUAUCGAGAGAUUCAAAAACAAGUUCCUGGCCCCAGGUUAAGAACCUUUGCGGUGGAUGGGCAAUAAAAGCCCAUGCUGCGCACUCACUGUACAGACGUGAGCUCAGUAUCUAAUCAGCUAAUUGCUUACUCAGGGUUUUUAACCUAUCGGCGGUCUAAGUGCGUAUCUCCCCUGACCUAGCCGGUUUAUGGCAUUUUAAGAUUUAUUCUAAUCUGUUGAGGCCCUUUGCUAAUCCACAAGCAGUCCCUUCUGGGGUUGCUGAUUCCCAUCCUUUUCUCUGAUAUCCAGCCUCCAGGACCUGCAUCUGAUGUCCAUUUGCAUGCUUUCAUGGUAACCAUUCUUCAUUGAACGAUUAAGACACUCCAGAGCAUGUUUAAAUGAGCGUUUCCUAGACUAAGCUGCUGCGUCUCGAAGCACGAUGCAUCGGUUCCUUCCUCUGCUCUUCUCAUCAGCCGUGGAUUAAAAAGAAGCCGGGGGCCCCGAGGUGGAGAAGUCACGUGUCAAACCUUUCUCUUUAUGGGUGGGAAGAAGUCUGCGCUUAGGGCUGUGUGAGAGGCAAGUCAAAGACUCUCCCACCAUUCGAAGCACAUUUCAUGCUUUUACAAACUUUGUUCUACUUUUCUUAUCAGAAACAAACUCUACCGCACAGCCUCCCCCCCAGUCCUCAGUGUGUCACGUGGUCUCACUCAUGUCUCCCGGGGGUGAUGCGGCAGAAGACGGUGCCAAAGGCAGCACCUCCUUGGCUCCUAGAAAGCUGUGCCAAUUUCUGGGCCAGUUUGAUGCAUGUUUCCUGUCACCCACGUGGGAACAUCAGUCGGGUGUCAUCAAACAGCCCAUCUACCUCAUUUUGGAAUUGGCCGUGGACCAUCUGUGUCGGGACAGGAAUGGAUGGCCAAAGGACAUUGACGUGAGUCGUGUAUAGAAAGGGGAGGGACUUGGUGGAACAUAUGCCAAAGGCUAAAUGUACAUAGUGAUAUUGCCCUGCGUUGGUUUUUUAAGUGUUGGUUUCCCGUCUCCUAUUUCUCUCAACUUCUGCGGUUUCGUCGUCAAACUUUUUAGCAUCCCGGGACGUCUCCCAUUUGGAGGCAGCCCUGUCUGUCCGAUUGUUGAAUAGACAGAAUGGAGGAGGAGUGUAAGAGCUGUCCCGGAAGGCUGUUGAUUUCUCCAAAGUUGGGGAGUGCUCGGAGUUUGACCGAAUACAAGCCGAUUAUUUUGUUGUUGUUGUGGCUCUCGUCCUAUAUAUCAGCUGAAACAAGAGGGGGUGGGGUGGGGAUGGGGAUAGGGUUUACUUCUUUUGCAAGAAUGUUUUAAAACAUGUCAGAUUUUAUAUUGUUUAGUUACAAUAAACUUAUUUUUAAAG